AUGGAGCCCUUGAUAGCAUCAGAGUUCAAUCUAGUCAUCACAGAGACUAGUAUUGAAGAAAAUAUUGAUGAUCCAUUGACUAUACCAUGCGAACCACCUUUGAACGAAACAUCAGAUAGCGAAGAAGAGGAUAUAGGCGAAGACCAUAUCCUCGGUGACCAGCCACUUUCCCCGAUUGAACCAGAAAGUGAUCUAGAAGUGAGCCAAGACCAAAGUGAAAGUGAGGAUGCGCCGACUCUAAAAGGUGCCCAGAACACACCUUAUUCGGGCGAGUCUAGAGGAGAAAGCCCAUCACUUCGUCCUCACCUACCAGUUGAAAAUGACUCACUUCUCUUUGAGCAAGAAGACCCUUCCCUUCUAUCCCAGAUCACUAUUCCAGCAGAAGACCUUACCCCAGACGCACGUGUGCCAGACCAUACGCCAGACUUUAUGGUUUUAAUUGACAAUUCCUCAUACGACCAAGAGAUGCUGAAUCAAUAUGAUCAUCCUAAGCGGGAUAGAUCUCCCUCACCUGAUUCAUCUAACAAACGACAAUCCUAUGCUUCAUUCUAUAAUGCAUUCUCUACCGCAUUGAUCAAGAACCAGCCCAAGAAGGUGCAUCAAGAUGAUCUUCCACCACCGCCUGAAAGAUGGGACGAUAUGCUCUCCCACCUAUAUAAGGCUGAUUUCCUACAAGCUGCAGACGUUGAAUUUAGAAAGCUUGAAGCAAUGCAUGCAUGGACUUCUACUAGACGAAAGUCUAUAGAAGACGACCACCAGGCUAAAUGCAAGGCUAUUAAGCCUCAACGAUGCCCUUCGCAUCAGAUCCUUCCACUAAGAUGGGUGUUUACCUAUAAAGUGGACGACAAAGGCUACCUAUCUAAAUUCAAGGCAAGAGUCUAUCACGAACCCUUCGGACACUUCUAG